UCACCAUCACCAUCACUGUCACUGACGACGACGGCGAGGAUCCGAUUUUGCUGUCUCCCUCCAACGGCUGCGGCUACUUCUUUGAGAUUACAAAUACCGUGAGCCUUAGCACGGCUGAAUUCAACACGGACUCUAACGGAUAACAGCGGAGAAAAAGCCACCUGAUAGCUAAUCGAAAUAGCAUCAAUGGCAAAGGAAACAGCGGUGACAUCAGUGGCGAACGCCGUAAUGACAGCAGCGCGUCGCCGUUAGCGGCAACCACGAUUCACAAGGCAAAAACAUUGAAGUGAAAGCGGAAUUCGGCCGGAUUCCAACCCAAAUAGACACACGACUCCCUGAUACGACAAUAAGAUAGGUGCGCGCUGGCGGUAGCUUGAUUAGACUAGCUCUGGCAGCACGAAACGGGAACUCCAAGGCGCUCUCAACGCGGAAAACAGUUACAAUUGCACACAAUGGAGGGUGGAAUGAACAGCGGGCAGAGAAAGUUUCAGUGAGCAAACGAGAUCCGGCUACGCGUUAACGCGCGUCAGAUCAAUCAGAGGUAUCCACUAGCUGCGGCUGCGGAAACAAGCAAAAUGUUAUAAUAGUUACAGUAACGGCAGGAAGUUAUUGCUGUGGUUUGUUACUAGUGUUGUUGAAAAAAGGUGUAACCCAUCAGACAGUUUAUGACCUAAAGCUUAUUUGCUUCGGAAACUAUCUAGUAAAGACUGUUAUUUCUUCUUCUCAUCAAUAGAACAGUGCUAGAGCUACGACUAGUAACUCCUAUAACGAAGGCGCCAAAGAAGUGGCUAGUUAUUGCAGUGAAGCAAACGUGAGAAGCUCAAGAUAAAAGCAAAAUAAACGACAACGAUGUAAGGAAGACUGUCGCUGUUAAUGAAGAUUGUUCCUGGUCGAUGCCAGGCCUCAUAGAACGUAGCUUGCCGCUACUAAUACUGUCAUUUCGGCGAUCUAUUUUGUAUACAUCGAAUGGAUGGAAUCGAAGUAUGCAUGAAAUUAAGACGACGUUAGUACCUCUAACACAGACGAUACAACGGUGGUGACCUCGUCGACUUGGAAACUUGCACAGACAUUCCUGUUUAUGAAGUGCAUAAUCGUAAAAAAAUAUCUCGAAACUCCUCGACUGCCGACGCUAACAGCAAUUACCGCGUCUUCAACUAAAUAUUGUGUCGGAAACUUAACAAACGAACUUAUAAAGACCGUUAGCCACUGGUGAAGACCUAAACAUUACCGCAUAACCAGUGAUAUAUGCAUCAAGUCGUGCAAAUAGGACCUCAUAAUUCUAGAUACCCGUAUAGGAGGCACCAUGUAUAACGAAGUCCCGGCAACAGACGAAGGCCGCUGAAGCAAGUAAAGCCCAACAGACACUCUCGGCUCGGUUAUUUCAACACUUCGAAAAAACAACACAUCGCCAUGCAGAAUAUUCUCAGGAAGCAAAAUACUGUUGCGGAACUGCCCGUUGGUCCAAAGGUCGAACUGCGAGAAAUGCAAGGACCGCUUCUGCCAGAUGGAACCGAUGCCAGCAAUCAUAAUAACUACGGGACAACAAAUCAGGCAUUUGAAGCUGACGUUGCUACGAUAACCGGCCGUGACGAAAGAGACGCGGAAAAUGAUGAUGAUGAACGCAAUCUCGCCGCUCCAGGAAAGGGCAAAAAGGGGCAUCAAGUUUUCAAGGCGUCGUGUCCAGAAGGAGCUGAAGAUGAGCGAGAGUCGUGGGACAGCGAACUGCAAUUUAUUCUCGCCACAAUUGGUUAUGCCGUUGGUCUUGGCAAUGUUUGGCGUUUUCCUUACCUAGCGCAAAAGAACGGGGGAGGGGCCUUUUUAAUUCCAUAUUUCAUUAUGCUGGCCAUCGAGGGACUACCCAUCUUCUAUAUGGAGCUCGCUGUAGGCCAGAGACUCCGUAAAGGAGCUAUUGGAGUAUGGAACCUGGUGUCACCAUUUUGUGGAGGAAUCGGUAUGGCCUCGGCUGUGGUAUCGUUCAAUGUGGCACUUUAUUAUAAUACCAUUAUUGCGUGGUGCCUAUACUAUUUUCUGCAAUCAUUCAGCACGCCGUUGCCCUGGGCAGAAUGCCCACACAUCAUUACGGCAAAUGACACUGCACUAAUCGUACCUGAGUGCCAGAAAAGCAGUCCGACGCAGUAUUUCUGGUACCGGGUGACGCUCGACAUUUCACCGGAUAUCGGGUCUCCGGCUCCUUUCAAUUACAAAAUCGCAUUGUGCCUUGUCGCCGCCUGGAUCCUCUGCUACAUGUGCAUGAUAAAGGGUAUCGCCUCAUCAGGAAAGGUGGUGUACGUUACGGCGACUUUCCCUUAUUUCGUACUGAUCAUUUUCUUUUUCCGCGGAGUCACCCUUGAAGGAAUGGCGGAUGGGCUGAUCCACCUUUUCAAGCCGGAUUGGACAAAACUCGGCGACCCAAUGGUCUGGCUUGAAGCGGGCACCCAGAUCUUCUUCUCGCUGGGCCUAGCGUUCGGUGGACUAAUCGCGUUUUCCUCCUACAACCCCGUUCACAAUAACUGCUUCAGGGAUGCCGUAGUAGUGUCUUUCUGUAACUGCGCCACGUCGAUGUUCGCUGGGAUUGUGGUGUUUUCAAUUCUCGGCUUCAAGGCGCACAUGACAAAUAAACGUUGUCUAGCGAACAGGGCGCUUCGAUUUCCUAAUAUAACGCAUCCGCCAAAGGGAGCCGUUGGUUGGAAUGAGUGUAACUUGGAAGAGGAGCUACAGCAGAGUGCCUCUGGCCCAGGCCUGGCUUUCAUUGCUUUUACAGAAGCCAUUAAUCAGUUCCCAGGCGCACCGUUCUGGUCGGUGCUAUUCUUCAUGAUGCUAUUCACACUGGGCAUCGAUAGCCAGUUUGGCACCCUGGAGGGGGUGGUCACCUCCAUUGUCGAUCUCAAGCUAUUUCCCAACCUACGCAAAGAAUUACUCACAGGAAGCAUUUGUGCACUUUCGUGCGUUCUUUCCAUGAUAUUCGCCCAUGGGGCAGGCAACUACGCGUUUACAUUAUUCGACAAUUUCGCUGGCAGUUUCCCGUUGCUCAUUAUCGCGUUGGGUGAGACAAUUUCUAUCGCAUGGAUCUACGGGCUCAAACGAUUUAACGACGACAUCGAAUUAAUGACUGGCGUACGACCCGGAUUUUAUUUCAACGUCUGUUGGAAGUUCCUUGCCCCAGUAACAAUGCUCACUAUUCUUGCUGCUUCAUUUUAUAAAAUCUUCACCGGAGGCAUACAAUACGAAGGUUGGGACCGCGAACAGGCGAUUCCUAUCCCGCUAUCCUGGCCAGGUUGGUGCAUUCUCCUGAUCAUUUUCCUUAUUGGUGUCUCGACAGUCUGGAUUCCACUGGUAGCAAUCUUACGUGCCGGUGGCGUGACACUUUUGCCGCCGGAAGAGCCAGCUUGGUUCCCUGCAGACGAACUACGGGAAUUUUAUGGAAUCACGGAACAUGAAGUUACACCGUUCGAACGGUGGCUUUUCUGCCUACAGGACGAUCGGCCUGUAGCCCUUAACGACUACUAGUUUCUACCCGGUUUUCUGGCAGUAGGAACGAACACUUCAAUACAAGCAAGGCACAACAUGGGCGCGGAAAGGAAUCUGCAUCUUGAUGUAUGGCCACGAUCUUGUAGCGAAUACGGACGACAGGACACUGGCAAUCGACAAAAAGGCCGCUAGAAUAUUAACUCAGGUGACGAAAACGCGUUCAAAAUUGCCGCCACACUAACUGCUAUCAUUUUGCGGCGGCUUCGUUAGAACUGUUGUUUCCUUUACAGAAGGCUGCAGUAGGCGAGUGAAAGCUGCAGUUCGGAACUGGAUGUGGACAUUUUUCCUAGCGAAAAGCCUAAUGCCGCAAAUGAUAUCAGAUGCAUAAUCGUAUACUAUCAAGUUUACGAUAAGAAGUUGUAGAUGGCACCCACAUAAAUAAUAUUUGCAUUAUAUAACAUGAAUGUGAUGCUGAGGUGGCUGAAGCCGGUAUAAUCCAGCUACAAUAUACCCUUGAAAAGUCGUUGUUUCCUUGUGUGCGGGGCCGAACAACGGCAAAAUAUGUGACAGAUUUAUUAAAUAUAGUGUCCAAAUCGGACUUAGGAACAGGCCUAUUGGCCAAUUGAACAUGUGUUUACAUUGUAAAUAGACAGUCAGCAAUAUGAUAUUAGUAUCGUGAUCUUAGCAAGAAGUUAGCGGGAAGAAGUUAAAAAUCAUUGAAGAUGGUGGUCGAGGCAAUACUAUUAUGAGGGAAUGUGAAAACUUUUUUUUCAAUAAAAACAUACAUUUAUUCUAAUGUCAUCGUAAGAUGAUCGCCGAACAGUCGUCAUCAGGCUUAAUUAACGCGUAGAGUUGGUGGACUGUGCUAACCCCCAACCUCCAUCAAUCAACGAAACAUUCAGCGACCGACAAAGUCAGCCAUUUUCAUUCACACGCAGAAACAUCUAUAGUGGGACUUACGAGCGGCCGAUAGCAGAUUUUGCCUUCGAUUUAAACCUAAACUACCGAUAUGCGCAGUAGAUGAUCGUUAGAAAUAACUAUACGCUACAAAGGGAUGGGGUAUAUGCGAUGUAGCGCACGGAGCCAGAGCUCAUGUUCUCGGCACCAUUUCAUCCAGCUGUUGUACAAAUCUCGCAGAAUUCAACUCAAAAUCAUAGCCUGAAUAGCCAACAGACUUUAUGCGUGAUGAUCCGAGCAUCUCCGCUGUCAUGAUUCUUGCAUCCUCACAGGAUUCUCUCAUAUAGAAACGUAAAUAUGUAUCACGCUGCCUUAAUAAGAGUGUCCCACUAACCAAGGGGAUCUCUACGAAUGAGCUGUCACAGGUUGUUGUAGAACGAUUAUAUACUAGCACGAAUGUAUUGGAUCGAGUAGAGCUAAGUAAUAAUUAUAAUUAUAGUAAUUAAUUAUCCUAUCGAGUCACUCUGUUCGUGAAUGUGAUGGCGUAACAGCAUGAGACAAAGUCGCACUGAAGUAAAGACACUCAAACUAUAUUAUUUUCCAAACGGUAGCACUGCGCACAUAAAGAUGACGAAGGUUAUCUCUAAAGUCCCUUCUUUUAGAAAGGUAGAAGGUGAGACCCAUUGAAGGAAACCACCGUUGACAAAUCUCUGAAACAAAACUAGAAAGGGAUUAGUUAAUACGGCGCCUGAACGAACUAAUUAGUAUUAUUGCGCUCUGAUAAAUGCACACUUGAGGAGGUAAUACUCGAUACGCUAAAUGAAUUGUUAAAAAUAGCAUCUCCCUUAAGCAAAGCACGUACGAGCCUAUAAAAGUAUAUGUACCGUAGACGAUAUGGUAAUUCAGAGGGGAAUUCGUUUUCCAAAAUAUGACCAGACGCUCUUAGAACAUCAAGGAGCCAGUAGCCUGAACUACAAAAAGUGAUCACAUCUUCUAUACACGCCACACCUAAGAGAUAUUUGACGACGUUAUACUGCGUAUCUGGAUCUUCUAACACUCACUAUUCCAUAUCUACCAAAAAUACACUCUGUUACAUUUCUGCGAUAACCUAUUUAAGGCUACUCAUACUAGCAGCGCUUGCGACGAACCUUAACGUGUAUUGCAAGCUCAUCGAGGCCUUUUCUGUUCAAAUGAGCCGGCCAAUUCUUCUUCGAGUGUACACGUUCCUCAAUGGCAAUAAUUUGGAUAAUAGGAAAGUUGUGUGCGCCACUUUGGUGACUGUCAACGUCUCAAUUUUCAAACUACAGCUCUUCGUACAAUAUACUUCUCUAUUUAAUAAUGGCCGGGGAGGAUGGCAAGAAAUAUCCAGCCUCAAUUGCCUUCCUUGAGCCGUGAAAUUCGGCAGAAUGGGUAAUACUGUCCGAGUACUUUCAGAUAGUGCGUUACAUGUGUAAGAAGGCGGCGAAACCUAAUCAGACCUGCUACAUCAUAUACGGGUGUGGUAGGCUGAAUAGGGAAAGAAUGCAUCUUAAAGCAUUGAUGACGCUUGCCUUGGAAAUUGCUGGCGCUGCUGGCUCUCAGCUUUUUGCAGCAACGGUGUAUAUGAACGCGAAUAACAGGUAUAUUUCUAAAGACAGAAGAUACAUAUGUACGAAUCUACUGGACUCGGGAAAUUAUCUACCAAUCGAAUAUUGUGAUGUAAAAGAUUUAAUGACUGCAAGUUCCAUUAAUGAUUAUAAUUAGUAAUAGGCAGUGUUGUAGAAGACACCGCUGUUGCCCGACGAUGUCUUCUACAACACUGCGUAUUACUAAUUAUAUAUAUAGGUAUGUUAUUGUUCAUAUGAAGAUGUUCUCGUCGUAUCUUCUGGCAAAGUUUAAGUUUAAUGAUGCUUCAUCUCGUAUUCGAUCAACGUCAAUUUUCUCAAUGUGAAUAGCAGGAACAAGUCCCUUUUUUGUGGGUUUUUCUCUCUGUAUCUGGCCUCCUUAACACUGAUGCCAUUCCGUAUCUAACCAAGGCAGGAAGACCGAACUGGAGUCUUUCACUCAGUCCCCAAAA